AUGCAUAUUUUGGAAAAUAUCUUACCGAUUGUUCAACUCUUGCUGUGGUUGAGUAUUAUUUACAAGAAGGAUAUUAAUUAUCAGCGACAGUUUCCUCUCAACGAGAACGAAUUGAAAACAAAUUUUAAUUUGCCAUUAAAAAACGAUAAUCAAUCAACCACAAACCUUAAUCAUUCUGUCGAUAGACCAGGAAUUUACCUGGUAUUUAGAAAUAAAGUUGGUAGAGAAGAUUUACCGACGUCGAUAAUUCAGCAAAUUUCAAGAUGUACAUUCUUAUUGGAGGAGAUUCAAGACCGGCGUUCAAUGCCAAUGGAAAAAACAGCGAUUCGAGACUUUUAUGAAUGUCUUGCCGACGUCGAAAUCAGUUUCUUGUCACAUCAGCGAGUCAAAACAUCUCUGGGGUACACUACCAAAAUGUCACGGACUUAUUAUUCUUUAAUUGUGGCGAUCUUGGUCCUCAACUUGAUUUUGAUCAAAUUAAACCAAAUCGCGAAUUUGGUGAUUAAAUUCAAGGGACCUGAUAUUUCGGCCUUGAAAGACAUUGACCAGCUUAAAGUGAUCACUACGCAAAUUAAAUCGCAUCUGUGGUCAAAAUGGAGAAUGAUAACGCAGCAAUGCCGAAAAAUACUCUCGGGAAUGGGCAAGUCGAAUAACUUGGAAUUUGAGAAGGACUUUGAAAUUGAAAAUCAUGUACCGGGGUCGCAAGGAACCUCAUCCAGAAACGCAUCGCGUCGAAUGGGUAUUCCCGAUGCUUACAAUCUAAUAUUCGAUCUGACAACCAAAGAUGGAAGACGGAACUGGAAAGCAUACGUAGGUAGAAACCGUAUUCAAAACCUUCAAAAAGAUUGUCUCUGGUACGGCUCAAAUUGUUUGCUAGAAGAGCCCUUUAAUGGGUCAAAGCUCGAGGCGGAUACUCCUCGACCGCUUUUUGACAAAGAGGGCAAACCUUUUAGACGAGUUUAUGUUCCAGGACAAGGAUGGACUUCAAGGCAAAAAUUCUUGAAUCAAAGAAACAUGGAAAGUCCUUGA